AUGUCAACUUACUUUCCUAAGAGCCUUAAAAAUAAGGCAAAAAGUACACUGCCAUUAGUUAGGCAGAAUCUGCUCCAGCCGUUAUUGCGACCGCAAAAAUCGCUCUAUGAUACCGCUAACGUUCACCCGGUACUCCAUCGGGGGUAUCCCGUAUUCGACACAAUAUUCGAUACGUUGAACGACAAAGCGAGCGGUUUACGUAAAUAUAAACGACGGGAGGAGCGUGCCACCGUGCGUACGGACUAUGAUGCUAGCAAUAUGCAUGAAAUGAACCACCGCUUUAGGUUUAAGCUGUCCGGUACAUUUAACGCUAAGAGUUUUGAGAGCGAGCUUGAGUCUCACUGCAACCAGUUGUUCCUAGUGGGCUGGAUUAAGUGCCGACGUUCCUUUGCCAUCGGUCACCUGCAGGGAAAUGUGAUUGCCACCAGCUAUAUGAAGCGAUGGAUGGAGAUUUGCGGUGCGAAGAACGCACAUUUUGCCAGUGCCAUCUUCUUUGACGAAAACUACGCCAUUCCCAAACUGGACUACACGGAGUUGACGGUUGUUCGCGACUACCGUAAACCUCAGAAGAAGGCUCAACACCAACGGGCGAUCGAGGAGCGUCGCGAGAUGCGAAGCCUGCUAGCAUAG